GCUGGUGCAAAAAUCACACAGGCGUGUGGGAGGAAGCCAACUUGGAAACACCGUGGAGCCAAACUCCUCUUGUUGAAGCCAGACCUUCCCGGCGGUCGGUGGUUCUGGACGCGGGAGCACUACGGCUACACAGACCGGAUAUUUAUGAACCCGUGUGGUCUAAAUUCACACCAUAGUUUCGUCUCUUUUCUAAAUCAGCCAGGUGAGCCACCCGCCUCGCUUCCCUUGGAGGAACCUGCACAGCCGCCUGAAAAGAGUACCGGGGAGCCGCCGAGCACCGGGUCGGUCAUGGAUAUACCAAGAGGGAGCGAGGGCAGAAGAGACCCCGCGGUAACGAUGUUCGCCCUGGGUAUUAUCUCCAUCCAAGUUCUGUCCAUCCAGGCUGCUGCAAUCCAGUUUACCAAGGAACCCAAGUCCCAAGAUGCCUUGCACGGCCGCAGCGCCAUGCUACGCUGUGAGGUCAGCGAUCCGGCUGACAUCACUUACAGCUGGCUUCACAAUGGCCAGGCUCUGGAAAACGACGAGAGGCGCUUCCUGGAGGCCAGCAACCUCAAAUUCACUGCUGUGGACCGGCAGCUGGACGCAGGAAACUUUGAGUGUGUCGCACAAAACAAGGUCACAGGAGAGGCGCUGCACUCCACCAAUGCCUCCUUCAAUAUCAAGUGGUUAGAAAGCGGUGGUGUGGCUUUGAAGGAGCCCGCCUCAGAAGCGGAGAUCGAGAGCUCUGCGCCAGUCACGUUGCGCUGUCAUAUUGAUGGACACCCACGACCAACAUGCCAGUGGUUCAAGGAUGGGGUGAAGCUAACAGAGAAGACCCAUCAGAUCAACAACAAGGAGAGGACGCUCACCUUCAAGAGCGCCAGUCCAGAUGACAACGGCCUGUAUUACUGCUGUGCCAAGAAUGCAGCUGGACAUGUUUGCAGCAGCAGCAACUUCACUCUUAACAUCAUCGAUAAGAGUUUUCCUCGGCCAGUGACCACCCCCGAGGACCAGGUGGUGAUGAGAAAUGAGGAGGCCAUGUUCCACUGCCGGUUCACUGCCAAGCCGGCCCCCACGUUGGAGUGGUACCAUGAAAAUGAGCUCCUGGUAAACAAGUCUCGAGUGUUUCUGUUCUCCAACGGCACCCUGCUAAUCACCCAGGUCAAGCCCAGGAACACAGGCACCUACAAGUGUGUCGGCCGUGGCCUCAGCGGGUCCCGUGUCACACUGGAAGCCUCGCUCCUCAUAGCUGAGAUAGAUGAAAUGUUGCCCAAGAUGUCGAAGGUUUUCACAGCGGACACCCUGCAGCGGGUACCUUGUCACCCCCCACACGGCAGACCUGAGCCCAAGGUGUGGUGGGAGAGAGGAGGCCAGCGGGUUCCCACCGAGGGUAGAGUGUACCAGAAUGGCCUGUAUCUGGUCUUCAGUCCCACAGAGGAGGGAGAUUCAGGCAUCUACACCUGCGUGGCCCAAAACAAGGCUGGACGCAGGACACAGGAGGUCACCUUCACUGUGGCCACUGCCCCUGUGUGGGUGGCACGGCCUGUGGACAGUCACUUUGAGGAGGGUAAACCAGGUUACCUUCACUGCUAUGCUCAGGCCAACCCUGAACCUGAGGUCACUUGGCUCCGCAAUAACAUCCUGAUCACACCCAAGGACUCUCGCUAUAAGCUGUUCUCUAACGGCACCCUCAGGAUCAACAAUGUGGAGGUGCAUGAUGGACACAUGUAUGGCUGUGAAACUAAGACUGAAGGCGGCCGACUGUCUGCGCAAGCUAGAGUUACUGUGCUUGAGAAGUUGAAGUUCACCCCGACACCCCAGCCUUCUCAGUGCCUUGAGCUGGAUAACGAGAUCACCAUCCAGUGCUCUGCUAAAGGCAGAGAGAGCCCCACCAUCCGCUGGACCAUAGCAGACGGACGAGAGCUGCCACCUCAUGUGGAGCAGAAAAACGGGCAGCUCCACUUCACCAAAGUCACCCGCAGUGAUGCUGGCAACUACACCUGCAUUGCCUCCAACAGCCUCCAGGGAGAAAUCAGAGCCCUGGUGACCCUUAUUGUGGCUGUGUACAUUCGCUUUAAAGUGGAGCCAGAGAAUACAACAGUGUACCAGGGUCAUACAGCCAUCCUGCACUGUCAGGCCACCGGCGACCCUGAGCCUCAUAUCCACUGGAUGGCCAAAGACAAGACGCUGGACAUCAGUAAGAACCCGAGGUUCCAGAUAAUGCCCAAUGGCUCCCUGGUGAUUACAGAUGUCACUACAGAAGACACAGGAAGAUACACAUGUGUGGCCGGAAACAGCUGCAGCAUCAAAGACCGUGUGGCUCAGCUGUAUGUCGUGGAAAAACCAGUGCCUUCCUAUGAAGAAGAUGAAGACAAGGCUCCUUAUAAGAUGAUCCAAACCAUCGGUCUGUCAGUGGGAGCGGCAGUGGCCUACAUCAUUGUUGUCCUGGGGCUCAUGUUCUACUGCAAAAAGAGACGCAACGCCAAAAGACUGCAGAAGGGCCAGGACGGGGAGGAGCCAGAAAUGGAGUGUCUUAAUGGAGGAGCUGUUCAACAAAACGGCCACACCACCACUGAGAUCCAGGAAGAGGUGGCACUCACUAACAUGGGUAGCAUGGCAACAAGCGAGAAGCACCACAGCCAUGUCAACAACGAUAAGAUCCACUUUCCUCGAGCAAACCUACAAACCAUCACCACUUUAGGUAAAGGGGAGUUUGGUGAGGUGCUGCUGUCCAAAGCUAAGGGUAUCGAGGAGAACCAGGAGGAGACGGUGGUGCUGGUGAAGACCCUGCAGACCAGAGAUGAGCAGCUCCAGCUUGACUUCCGCCGGGAAGCUGAAAUGUUUGCUAAGCUCAGCCACCCCAACGUUGCGUGCCUUUUAGGCCUCUGUAGGGAGGUGGAGCCGCACUACAUGAUCCUAGAGUACUGUGACCUGGGAGACUUAAAGCAGUUCCUGAGAAUUUCCAUAAACAAAGAUGACAAGGGCAAAUCUCAGCCAAUCAGCACCAAGACCAAAGUUUCCAUCUGCGCCCAGGUGGCUCAUGGGAUGGAGUAUCUGUCCAAUCACCGCUUCGUUCACAAAGACCUAGCCGCCAGAAACUGUUUGAUCAACAGUCAGAGGCGUGUGAAAGUGUCAUCACUCGGCCUCAGCAAGGACGUCUACAACAGUGUAUACUACCACUACAGACAGGCAUGGAUCCCACUGCGCUGGCUCCCAGCAGAGUCUGUGUUUGAGGAUGACUUCUCCACCAAGUCUGAUGUGUGGGCCUUUGGAGUGUUGAUGUGGGAAGUGUUCAGUCAUGGGGAAAUGCCAUAUAUCAAGCUCAGUGAUGAUGAGGUGCUGGAAGCUCUGCAGACAGGGAAGCUGAAGCUGCCUGUUCCAGACGGAUGUCCCUCCAAAAUCUACAAGCUCAUGGUCCGCUGCUGGGCACUAGGCCUCAAAGAGCGCCCCUCCUUCACCGAUAUUGUCCACACCCUCGGAGAGCUGCCCUCUGACAGCAAAGUCUGAGACAAUCAUAACCUCACAUCAGUAGGGAACGUUUGCCACCCCUGUUCCUCCAAAAUAAAGACAGGAAUGUUGGAUUAUUAGUCUCUCACAUUUCAGGGAAGACAGUUAAGGAGAAAACACUUUUUUAAAUAUGCAUUUCAAAAAAAGGGUGUGUGGAUAAAACCUCUUUGCUACAUCAGUGGAAACGCAAUUACAGUUGUGUGAAUGGCUUCUCUUGACCAGGAGUUUAUGCUUGCCUUAACAACAGCAUGGGUGACCCUCCCUUCCAGCCCCUGUCGGCAGUGCCUGCCUGUCUGCAGCAACUCUAUCCCAGAGACGCUUUGUUUCAUGGAGCCUCGCAACUUCUGUGCCUCUACCCCUCCACACUUACACUCACUUACAACUCCGGCUUUGUGGUGAUGUUGGAUGCAGUGUUUUCACUGGCUCUGAAGUUACAGAGGGAAAUUUUGUUUUACUGCUCUGUUAAAUCCUCAGUGUUUUCUCAUAAAUGUAGAAACAAUGUUAAAGGGAAAGUUACUUCAGUGGAGCAUUGAUGCUUCUUAAAUAUUCUAUCAACCACUGAGGAGUGUGUCAAGUGAGAUCAUUUCAUCUUAAAAUCCAUUCAGCCACACCCUGAGUCUGCCACCCUAAUCCUGGAGGAGAGACUUAUCUACUCUGUUCACACGAAAUACACCACCAUUCUUCACUCUGUGUAUGUGUGUGUGCUGCAGAAACGUUUUGUGUAUGGUUCAAAAAAGAAAUGGAAUGUGGUUUGCAUGAAGGUUCGUCUGUUACACUUGUGAUUUUCAGCAUGAGAAAACUUGUGGAAAAAGGUAAUCCCUGUCAUGAUAACUCUUCUGGAACAACAACAAGAAAAAAGAUCAUGCUUAUAGCCAGGGAAUAUGUUGAAUAGAUGAAACUGUGCCAGUGUGGGCUUUGUACGUUUUUAUGAGUGUGUUCUGUUCUUGUAUUAACUUGGAGGUGCUUAAUGUUUAUGGUCUGUGGGUAUUCUUACCCAUUAUACCAUAUUAACAUCAUGAUGUUGUCUGAGUUGCAGGGACGCAGCCUGUCACUGUGCCCUUUCACCUGUAACAUAAUGUCUUUAGAGGUCCAAACACAGUUUCCUUCCUGGUCCAGUUGUUUCACACUCCAACGUGGACCAUCACACCAUGCAAUGUGUACAUAAUGUAGAAGCCAUGCACUAACUUCACUUAAAAGAAUAUCCCUCUUUAUCUCUAUCAUGUUGUGUAGAAGGACAUGCAGGUGCCUGCUUAUUUAUGAUGAAGGUCCUGUCUUUUUUUUUUUUAAACUAUGUUUAUAAUAGAAAGGUACUUCUGAUGUAUUCAUUCUCAUGGUCCAUCUCAGUGUGUAUUCAGUCUGGUAACCAGCUGACGUACAAAGGCGAUCAAGAGUGACUGCUGGUCACCAGUUCUCAUUUAAGUGCCUGGUAAAUGAAGGAUUAUUCUUGUUUCUCUCUUUUUUUACAUUAUCUAAUCAAAUGCAAUGGCCUUUGUUUAUGAACUUGUUUUUAUACAUUGUUUUUAGUGUAUUUGGUUUUUAUGAAUGCUUGACAGUCACACCUAGACCUUUUUGUUUAGUUUAGUUUUUUUUUUUAAUCUGCUUCAGCAAAAUAUUCACAGUAAUCUGAUUUAUACGAAACUAUACGUGCUGCUGUCAAUAAAGGUUCACAGUGUUUGUACCCAGUGUGUUGAGUAAUAUUGUAAAUGGCAGUGCAGCUUCAAGAACCACAUUGAUGGCAGUCCCAAAAAUAUCAGUUUAAUGUUUAAUAAGUUUAAUACAGGAAAAUUCCAAAUGAGGUAUUCAGCAGCUUAAGCAUAUUGCACCCAUGUUGUGUAUUCAAAGUAAAAUGAUGUAAAAGGAUAAUGGGAGUUUAACUUCCUUUAUUUUAGAAAAUAUUGCCACUUGUAAGCCAGCUGAAGAGUUUACAUGGUGGCUUCUGCUUGCAGCUGCAUAACCACACAAUAUAAUGUUUGGUAAAAAUAACAGAGGUGAUGAAAUGUUCACACUAGUGGGUCACCUACCUAAAGCAAGUUUCUGCAAGUUGAUUUUUAU